AGCUCAUUUAUUGCUUGUGAGUAGUUUUCUGAUGUUGAUGUGUUUUUUGGUGGUCAUCUGGUUGGCGGUAUAUAGUAGCUGGGGCUAAGUUCUCAUGCUCUGAGAAGAUGACGAUGAUCUGUAUUGCAUUGUUUGAGUAGUUUAGGACUGGUUUGAAGGUGGCUGCUAGGUCGUUUCGAACAUACAUGGCUACACCACCUGAGUACCGUCCAUGUUGGGAUGUCUUUCUACGUGUGCUAUCUAUUCGAAAGAUUUUGUAACCGUUUAUUCCCUGAUAUUUGUGGGGGUAGUAGUAGUUAGUAGUAGUUAGCUUUCUUUUUUUUAAAAAACUAUUUACAAGUAAAAAAUCCAGAAUGAAUACAACCCUUUUGGGCUUUCCAGUCAUUCUGUGGGCUAGCUAUGUAAAUUAUGUACAUCUACCUUGGUGGAUAUAUCGCGCAGCAAAAAGGUUAAACCUGAAAGAAAAAUACCCUUGAACUUUUUUCAACCGGACCGAAAAAAUGGAGUCGUAUGAAAACCGACUAAAACAACCUAGAACACCAAAUCCUCCGAUAAGUCAAAAUGGUAACCCCGAACCACGUGAUCUUGUUUACAAACACAAUAUUGCAACCGAUCGUCUACACGAAACGAAGGGACAAACGCAACGGACGCUUCUUUUCUUGCAUUACCGCAUUCUCCUCUCCACAGUCAGUAGACGUUACAUAACAAAUUGUAAGAAUUUAAGCAUGUCUAAGCUUCGAAGCAGCAGCAUGUCUCCAGACGAAUUUACCAAGAAUUGGGUAAGGCCAGAUUUACCUAUGAAAUGUACCUGGCAUCUUGGCAUCGACACCAAAACCUCGCCGCAUCAUCAUGUUAGUUACAAUCCGUCAAGUGAAAAGAUUAUGCCAAAUAUCUUGCACAAUAUUGGUAAAACACCUCUCGUUAGACUAAAUAAAAUACCUACUGAUCAUGGCGUAAAAUGUGAAAUGUUGGCGAAGUGUGAAUUCUUCAAUGCAGGAGGAUCAGUGAAAGACCGCAUUGGUUAUCGCAUGGUCCUAGAAGCAGAAAGGGAAGGUUUGAUCAAACCAGGAUUUACUUUAAUCGAACCAACAUCUGGAAAUACUGGUAUUGGAAUCGCUUUAGCUGCAGCUCUAAAAGGUUAUAGGUGUAUAAUCGUUAUGCCUGAAAAAAUGAGUUCAGAAAAGGUGAAUGUCUUGAGAGCACUGGGUGCAGAAAUUGUUCGAACCCCAACUGCAGCUAGUUUUGACUCGCCUGAAUCUCAUAUUGGAGUUGCUCAAAGGUUAAAUCAUGAAAUUAAAGACUCGCAUAUCUUGGAUCAGUAUCGAAAUGCUGGCAAUCCACUUGCACAUUAUGAUGGCACAGCAGAAGAACUACUAUAUCAGUGUGAUGGAAAAAUCGACAUGGUUGUAUGUAGUGCUGGUACUGGUGGUACAAUAACCGGCAUUGCAAGAAAGUUAAAGGAAAAAUUGCCAGAUAUUAAGGUGGUAGGGGUGGAUCCAUAUGGUUCAAUAUUAGCAGAACCUGCAGAUAUAAAUGAAAGCAAUGUCACAUUUUAUGAGGUAGAAGGCAUUGGAUAUGAUUUCAUCCCAACUGUCUUAGAACGAAAACACGUCGAUAAGUGGAUUAAAACAAAUGAUAAAGACGCUCUCCUGAUGUCGAGAGAGUUAAUUAGAAAAGAAGGCUUACUCUGUGGUGGUUCUUCUGGCUCCGCAGCGUGGGCAGCCGUUCAAGCUGCAAAAGAAUUGAAAGAAGGCCAACGCUGCGUGGUAAUUCUACCUGAUAGUGUCCGAAAUUAUAUGACAAAGUUUUUAGAAGACGACUGGAUGGCGGAACGUGAAUUUAUAAAAAUGGAUUUGGGUGAAAGUGAAAAAAGCUGGUGGUGGAACGAAAAGAUCGGUCGAUUGCAAUUAAACACUCCCUUCACAAUACUUCCUGAAAUGACGUGCCAGUCGGCUAUCGAGAUUAUGAACAGAGAAACAUUUGACCAACUACCCGUUGUCAAUGAAGGAGGUUGCGUACUUGGUAUGGUCACACUUGGAAAUUUGAUGAACAAAAUAGUGAGUAGGAAGAUCACACCCGAAUCUCCUGUCUCAGAUUCGAUUUACGGAAAAUUUAAGAAGGUUUCACUUAACACAACACUGGGUCAGCUGUCUCGUAUACUGGAUAACGAUUAUUUUGCAUUGGUUGUACACUCGCAACUGUUGUAUUCUGGAAUAAACAAAUCGUCUGAAAAAGAGAUUAUUUUUGGCAUUGUGACUAGAAUGGAUCUGUUGAAUUUCAUCAUGAGCGAUGAGAAUAAAUAAAGAACCGUUAAGAGAAAAUAAUCUUGUCGAUGCGAUACGAUCUUAAAAUUUCUUUCUUCAACUUUUGACUGUAACAAUAUUUUUUAGUGCUAUACUUGUGGUAUUAAUUAUAAAAGCAUCACCUGA